UGAGAGAGAGAGAACAUCAUUGAGAGAGAGAGAACAUCAUUGAGAGAGAGAGAACAUCAUUGAGAGAGAGAACAUCAUUCGUCAGGUGUUGUGUUGUUCUUUCCUGACAAAGUGUACAGAAUUCUGAUCACAGACGUAGCAAGCUAGUGUAACACUCCAUCUGGAGAGUUUGAAGAGUGGCUACCGAGUGUUAUGGUGAGGAACAUGGAUUCAAUCAAGUUACCAGUCAGUCGGUAGGUCAGUCUUUGCUAACCAGUGUGUCAGAGAGAGAGAGACUGGUGUGAGUAAGGAGUUCCCACAGGAUUGGAACUGGUUCUAUGGCAAGUUACAGUCAAAGAGAGAGCAGCGAGCUUAGAGGAUUGUAACAGGCAACAGUACCGUAAUAGCAAUCGUGUUUGUAGCAGAAGWGAGUGUAGUGUUUGUGUUAGUGUGGGGAAGGAGGACCAGUGAGAGUGUAUGAGUUAAAAGGAUGGAGAGCUGGAGUUAACUGAAACAGCAGCAAGAGGGUCUAUCAWUAUCAUCAUCAGUCCACCAUGGCGUCAGCUGCUCUAGAACUGAUGGGCUUCUUCAUGGGUCUGCUAGGCAUGCUGGGUACCCUGGUGUCCACAGUGCUUCCCUACUGGCGGACAUCUSCCCACAUCGGGCCCAACAUCGUCACUGCCGUGACCAAUAUGAAGGGCCUCUGGAUGGAGUGUGUCUACCAGAGCACCGGAACCUUUCAGUGUGAGACCUACAACUCCAUGCUGGCCUUACCCUCAGACCUCCAGGCCUCCCGGGCCCUGAUGGUGGUCUCCGUGGUCUUGUCCGUCCUGGCCYUCGCCAUCUCCACCGUGGGCAUGCAGUGUACCAUCUGCAUGGAGGGCUCCGCGGCUAAAGGCCGAGUGGCCGGUACUGGGGGAGGCCUCUUCCUCACCGCGGGGUUCCUGGCUCUGAUCCCAGUGUCGUGGACCACCCACGAGGUUGUCCAGACCUUCUACCAAGCCAACCUGCACAGCAGCCUGAAGUACGAGCUGGGGGAAUGUCUGUACGUGGGGCUGGCCGCCGCCCUGCUCUCCAUGCUGGGCGGGGGGCUGCUGUGUGUCUCCUGCUGUGAGAAGGCGGAUGGGGGGCGCCGUGGAGGGAGGAGGCACGGCGGAGGGUACCCCUACCCAGCCCCGGGCAUGGGGGUAGCCACUGGGAGGGCCAGGACCAGCUCACAGACCUAUAGGAACCCAACGCUACAGAUGGGGGUGAACGCUGCCACCAAGGCAGCGACCCUGGCAAGGAGUCACACCAGCACUACUACCCAGUCCAGCACCCCCGCCCAGGGGGCCAAGAAAGACCAACGCCGCAACCCUGCYGUGGGCUACGAUGUCACCGGGUACGUCUGAUCGUGUCCAGGCCAAUGUUAACAUUCACYCACACAUCACGCUGUCUCUUCUAUACAGUAUGUGGUGCAGAGAAUGACCACCCUGACAACGUGCUAAGGUAACUGAAUGUGUUAUCUUUCACAAUUAACUGAUCAGGGGACUUUUAGUGCCACACUACUGUAUAGGAAGACUUUUGCUCCUCACAAUGGAAAUCAGAGAGACUUGUAGUGCCUGACCAUGCAUACAGCACUGUAGUGACCGAACGAACU